CGAUCCGUAAUGACUCGAGGAGUUUUCAUUUUUUCUGCAAUGUUGGCGGUGGCUCGGGCGGCUGUCAUUGCCCCAGCACUGACGGUAAUUCAACCUGCAGAAGUGGUGGGCAGUACAACGUACGAUCCUCGUCCACAGUACAGCUAUAGCUACAGUGUGGCUGAUGAUUCAACCGGUGACCAGAAAACCCAGGAGGAGUCCAGAAAUGGAGAUGUAGUGCAGGGUAGCUACAGUCUUGUUGAACCUGAUGGAUCCAGGCGACGAGUGGCCUAUGCCUCGGAUUCAGUCAGCGGAUUCAAUGCAGUAGUUCAACGUGAUCCCAAUCUUCCUGUUGACCCUGUCUACAGAACUGCUAUCAUUGGACCUGUUCAUGUAGUUCGUCAGUCAAUAGUCGCUGCUACCAACGCAAAUCUCCAACGAUCGACCUCCAUCGCCUCGAUUUCUCCAUACGCAUCACAGGAUCCAGUUGCACCGAAUAUUCGUGCUGGCGCUUUUUACGGUAAUCAACCUGCCCAGGGAAUCAUCAGCCACCAAAUAUCCCCUGAGCUACUACAAGGUCAAUAGAUCAUCCAUAGUUGAAAUGGAAAUGUAGAAACUCGGAAACGACGCGGUAAAAAAUCUCAACGGAAAUAAUUGACUUUAUUUGUAUCCAUCAAUGUCAUAAACAAGAAAAAUUGCUGUGAAAUAAAAGCAC